GAGAGAGAGAGAGAGAGGUUAGAGCCGAGGCUAGUGAGUAUACUUGAGAAAAAUGGAGCCCGCCAUGGAAUUGUUUAAGUAACUUCCCUGAAUUUGAUAGAAAAUAUACUGUAAGAUAAAGUCAGAGUCUGUUUCUGCUCUACGAUCAUUCAAGAUCAAGACAAGCAAUCUCUUUUAGACGACCUAAUAAUAUUUAUAGAGACCUCAAGCAUCACCUCCUUUGUGGUUUUCCGUUCAUCUUUUUGCAAGCCCAUCCUUUUCUCUCUGGUCCUUUUUUAUUCACUUUAUGCAGUGGAAAGUCUUGGAAAGCUGGAAACAGAGUCUGUUAGAGAGAGGGAGAAAGAGAUAGCGAGGGAAAGUUGAUUUUUUCUUUUCUGGGUGCGAGAGUUUGAUGCUAGAGCCUUUUCAAUUGGGGAAGAUCAGUUUGUUAGAUUGGGUGGCGAUUUAUUUGUUGAAUCGGUUGAAUUUGAGGUCUAGAGGGAAAAAGCUGGCUUGGGUUGGCUGAGAUUUUGAUAAUUUUCUUUAUUGAAGAUGUGGGUUUUUAAGAGUUGAAUUUGUUUUUCCUUCUAGAUUUAAUGUCUUGAGAAAUCAAGUUGAAUUGGGUAGAGUGCGAUCUCGAUAAAUAGUUUUUCUAAUUGAAGGGGGGCAAAAGUGAGUUGAAUUUGGUAGUGUGAGUUGUAAAGAGAGAGCCUGGUGUGAGAAUUUGAUGAUCAAGUUCUAAAAGAAAUUCAGGAAAAACAGGGUUUUAGAGAAGAAAUCAUGUACUGUUUUGGAGAGAGAUAGAGAGAGAGGAUUUGAUAGCUUGGUAUGAGGUUUUGAGGUUUUGUCAUGGCUGUAGUGAGUUCUAUGCCUGCAAUUCAACGUGUAGAGCGGGUAAGGUAUCCUGUUAUUUCUCCAAACAUGGCUUAUGGUGGAGAGAUUGUGGAAGAGCCUGUGGCACGCAUGAUUGAAGAUAUGAUAUAUGUUGCGGUGGCAAAAGAUGUCAAAGACAGCAAAUCAACUCUGGUAUGGGCAGUCCAUAACUCAGGAGGGAAGAAAAUUUGCUUAGCUCAUGUUCACCAGCCUUCACAGAAUAUUCCCUGCAGCAUAGGGGGGUGGUUCCCAGCUAGCUCACUGAAGGACGAGGAAGUCAGAGCAUACCGAGAAAUUGAGAGGCAAAACAUGAAUAAGAUCCUGGAGGAUUACCUUCGUAUAUGCCGUCAAAUGGGGGUUCGGGCUGAAAAACUACAUAUUGUAACGGACUGUAUUGAGAAGGGAAUUGUGGAACUCAUCUCUCAGCAUGGAAUAAGGAAGCUUGUAAUGGGAGCAGCAGCAGACAAAUACCAUUCAAGGAAAAUGAUGGACCUCAAGUCGAAGAAAGCCAUAUACGUGCGCCAACAUGCACCUGUUUCCUGUCACAUACAAUUUAUUUGCAAGGGGCACCUUAUACACACCAGGGAAGGUAAUUCAGAUGGAGUUGAUACAGAUGUUCCAUUGCUGCAACCAAGUCCAAACACUGAUCCUGAACUAUCAACGCACCUCUUUAGAUCAAGAUCUGCUACACUCGGGCAGAAUAAUCGAGCAAAACUAACCAAUCCAGCUCAAGAUUUGUACCGCAGGGUAAGAUCGGCAAAUAUGGAGAAACGUGGAGGGAGCAUAAGUGAGGCUACUUCCUCAGAUGGUACUGAAGGGCUUUCAACUCCAAGUAGGUUCGAAGCAGGAGGGAGUCCUGAUGACUGGGAUAGGGUAUCAAGGAGGAGUGUUUCAGGAUAUUCAUCAUGCUCUUCUGCAUUGGGUGAUUUAGGUCUGGUUCAGUAUGAGAGAACUGAGGGAAGUGAAAAUGGGUCAACUGAGUCACAUGCACCUUCUCAUUUCAAAGAACUUAAUUAUUCAUCCCCUCCCAGUGUAUUGGAUGGAAAUAUAGAUGAUAGUCUGUAUGAUCAUCUUGAACAAGCAAUGGCAGAGGCUGAAAAUGCAAAGCGAGAGGCAUUUCAGGAGAGAAUCAGGCGUGGGAAAGCUGAAAAGGAUGCCAUUGACGCCAUACGGAGGGCUAAAGCAUCAGAGCUCUUAUAUAAUGAGGAGUUGAGACAAAGGAAAGAAAUUGAAGAAGCACUAGCAAGAGAGAGAGAAGAACUCAAAAAGAUGAAGAAGCAACGAGAUGAAGUCAUGGAAGAAUUAAGGGCUGCCCUAGAUCAGAAGUCACUACUUGAGAGCCAAAUUGUCGAGUCUGAUCAGAUGGCCGUGAGGUUGGAGCAGAAGAUAAUCUCAGCUGUGGAACUUUUACAAAAUUACAAAAAAGAACGGGAUGAGUUGCAUGUGGAGCGUGACAAUGCGCUUAGAGAAGCUGAGGAGCUGAGGAGAAAACAAGGAGAGGCCUCAAGCUCACACUUGCCUCAGUUCUUCACUGAGUUCUCAUUUACGGAGAUUGAGGAAGCAACUCGAAACUUUGAUCCAUCACUGAAGAUUGGAGAAGGGGGAUAUGGGAGCAUUUUUAAAGGCUCAUUACGUCACACCCAGGUGGCUAUAAAGUUGCUACACGCUCACAGCAUGCAAGGUCCUUCUGAGUUCCAGCAAGAGGUGGAUGUAUUGAGUAAGUUGAGGCACUCCAAUCUUGUCACACUCAUUGGUGCCUGUCCCGAAUCUUGGACUCUCAUUUAUGAGUAUCUUCCAAAUGGAAGCCUUGAAGAUCGACUCAGCUGCAAGGAAAAUACUCCUCCAUUGUCAUGGCAAACUCGAAUACGCAUUGCCACAGAGUUGUGCUCUGUCCUUAUCUUUCUCCAUGCCAGUAAACCUCAUGGCAUAGUACAUGGUGAUUUGAAACCUGCGAAUAUUCUCCUUGAUGAUAACUUUGUUAGCAAACUUAGUGACUUUGGAAUCAGUCGGCUAUUGUCUCGUGGGGAGGGUUCAAGCAACAAUACAACACUCUAUUGCAGAACUGACCCAAAGGGAACUUUUGCAUACAUAGAUCCUGAGUUCCUCUCAUCAGGAGAGCUUACACCAAAGUCAGAUGUUUAUUCAUUUGGGAUUAUACUACUACGACUGCUGACUGGGAGACCAGCUUUGGGGAUAAUGAAGGAAGUGCAAUAUGCAUUAGAUUCGGGAAAGUUGGAAACGCUAUUGGAUCCUUUGGCUGGAGACUGGCCAUUUGUUCAGGCUGAACAGUUAGCUCGCUUGGCAAUGAGGUGUUGUGAGAUGAGCCGGAAGUGCAGGGCAGACCUUGUAUCGGAUGUCUGGAGGGUACUUGAACCUAUGAGGGCUUCAUGUGGAUGCUCAUCGUCAUUCCGUCUGGGUACUGAAGAGCAUUUCCAACCUCCUUCCUAUUUUAUUUGUCCCAUUUUCCAGGAAGUCAUGCAAGAUCCGCAUGUUGCGGCAGACGGAUUUACUUAUGAAGCAGAAGCUUUGAGAGGAUGGCUGGACAGUGGUCAUGAUACUUCACCCAUGACAAAUCUUAAUCUUGAACACAAGAAUCUUGUUCCCAACCAUGCUCUUCGUUCUGCAAUUCAGGAGUGGCUGCAAAAGCAUUGAUAUCUUUGUCCAAUUGUUUGGAUAUUUUUGUUCCACAUAGCUAUGUAUAACUACAUACAUAUAUUUUCACACCCAUGUAUAAUGUACCAAAUUAGAUUUCUUCUGUUUCUGAUAUGUUGGUUUCUUCCUUGGACCUUAGAGUGUGUGGCCAUUCAGACAAACUACGUGUUUACAUGCCAUAUUAAUGUACAGAAGACUUCCCUUAUUCGCUCCAA